GACUCCAUUCUAGCUUUCACGAAUACAGCUCUGCAACGCGUUUGCCCUGAUACCAUGUCUCUUCGACUUUCCAGUGCAUCCAGGAGGUCCUGUCCUCGUCCCACCACAGGAUCACUCAGACUCUCUGGUGGGGGAACCAGUUUUGGGGCUGGAAAUGCUUGUGGCAUUUCGGGGAUUGGAAGUAACUUCUCUUGUGCCUUCGGAGGCAGCUCAUCCGGAGGAAACGCAGCGGGAGGCAAUCCCUGUGCUGGCUUCACUGUGAAUGAGGGGGGGCUCCUUUCUGGCAAUGAGAAAGUGACCAUGCAGAACCUCAAUGACCGCCUGGCAUCCUACCUGGACAACGUGCGUGCUCUGGAGGAGGCCAACGCUGACCUGGAGCAGAAGAUCAAGGGCUGGUAUGAGAAAUUUGGGCCCGGCUCUUGCCGUGGUCUUGAUCAUGACUAUAGCAGAUAUUUCCCGAUAAUUGAUGACCUUAAAAACCAGAUCAUCGCUUCCACCACCAGCAACGCUAAUGCUGUUCUGCAGAUCGAUAAUGCCAGGCUUACAGCCGAUGAUUUCAGACUCAAGUAUGAAAAUGAGCUGGCUCUUCACCAGAGUGUAGAGGCUGAUGUCAAUGGGUUACGAAGAGUUUUGGAUGAAAUAACCCUGUGCAGAACAGAUCUGGAGAUUCAGUACGAAACCCUGAGUGAGGAGAUGACUUACCUCAAAAAGAACCAUAAAGAGGAAAUGCAAGUUCUGCAGUGCGCAGCUGGAGGCAACGUGAACGUGGAGAUGAACGCAGCCCCCGGGGUGGACCUCACAGUUCUUCUGAACAACAUGAGAGCUGAGUACGAAGCUCUUGCAGAGCAGAACCGCAGGGAUGCGGAGGCCUGGUUCAACGAGAAGAGCGCCUCCCUGCAGCAGCAGAUUUCUGAGGAUGUCGGAGCCACAACCUCAGCCCGGAACGAGCUGACUGAAAUGAAGCGCACUCUUCAAACCCUGGAGAUUGAACUUCAGUCUCUCUUAGCCACGAAACACUCCCUGGAGUGCUCCUUGACAGAGACCGAGAGCAACUACUGUGCGCAGCUGGCGCAGAUCCAGGCUCAGAUCGGGGCCCUGGAGGAGCAGCUGCACCAGGUCAGAACUGAGACCGAGGGCCAGAAGCUCGAGUAUGAGCAGCUCCUGGACAUCAAGCUCCACCUGGAAAAAGAAAUUGAGACCUACUGUCUCCUUAUAGGAGGAGAUGAUGGAGCCUGUAAGUCUGGAGGUUACAAGUCUAAAGAUUAUGGAUCUGGAAAUGUGGGAAGUCAAGUCAAAGACUCAGCCAAAGCCAUAGUGGUUAAGAAAGUUCUUGAGGAGGUAGAUCAACGCAGCAAAAUACUUACCACCAGGCUUCACUCCCUGGAAGAGAAAUCUCAAAGCAAUUAAUUUGAGAUGCAACAGAGAACGUAUGAGAACGUAUGCCACAUACCCCCUAAGAAGAAAAGGCAUUAUGUAUCUGUCCAGAAAAAUGUGCAUGUCUAAGAAAAAUGUCUGUCCUGUUGUCUUUCUGUUAUUUUCUCUUUCUGGGCAAUCAAUAACAGCAUCUCCCCACUCAUCUGGAAGAAUGCCACACACAAAUAUGAUGACUCAUUUUAUUAUUCUACAGAAAUCUGUUGUCAAUUCUUUGUAUUCAAUAAACCUCUUCUUUAGCAAGUUA